AUGCCUAAGGCGCGCGAUAAGGUGCUGGCGUCAAAGAAUAGGGGUGGGUCAGCUGGUGGCGGCCAUGGAGGAGGUCGUGGUAAGGGUAAGGAGCAGGUCGCCGCCUCUCAUGGCGGAAUCCCGUCCAAGGAACGGCGCCAACUGAAGUGGGUGGCGGGGAAGGAUGAUCGCGAAAAGCUCGCUAAGGCUGCACCUGCAGGGCCUGGUGGCGCGAAGGGGGGAGGGGCUGGCGGUUCUGGGCGGGAUCCGCAUGAGGAUAACGAAGUUGUGGGCGCGUAUGGGCACGAGUAUCGCGGCGACGUGGAAUAUGGCAUGGGAGAAACGGAUGCCACGCGAAAAACAGACAAUGAGAAGGGGACGGAGGGGAUGGAGGGGGACGAGAUACAGGAGGACGAGGCGGAAGGGGAGGAGGGGGGAAAUGCCGAUGAAGAUGCGGAGGAAGGGGAUGAUUGUAGUGGAUCUGAGGAGGACGAGGAAGAGGAUGGCAGUGGUAGUGGAGACAACUCAGAGGAAGAAGUAUAUACCGGGGAAGGGGAGGAGGCGGACGGUGACAAGGCGGCUGACUUUGUGGACUUGGUUGACGAAGGGGGUGAAGAUGAUGAGGGCACCGAAGGACAGCAGCGGCUGACCCAUUACUACCCCGAGCGUUUCGACAAGGAUGUCCUCCAGCAGGCCAUGGUGGAGUUCGUUGUGGCGACCGACCAGGCCUUCAGCGUUGUUGACCACCCCACCUUUCGGGGAAUGAUGAUCGCCUCCAACCCUGCAUGUGCAGAGGAGAAAGUCAUCCCGAGCCGCUCCACUCUAGCCCGCCAGAUCAUUCGGCUGGCAGGUCUGGCCAAGAAGAAGCUCAAGCAGGAGCUCCUUGCAGAGGGGUCAGGGGCUGUCGCACUGACCCAUGACAUAUGGACUGGUGCGAACCAUCGGUCCUACAUGGCUGUCACGGGCCAUUCCAACUCGAAGGACUUUGAACUGCGGCGGGUCACACUAGCGUUCUGCGCACUUCCAGGCGACCACACCGGUAAGAAGAUAGCCGAGGUGGUGGAGGACGUGGCGAAGGACUGGGACCUAGAGGGACGGUGCAUUGCGGUGACGUCGGACAACGCCUCGUCCAGCGUCGCCGCGAUGGAGUUUCUAUGUCGCGGUGGGCCGGGGGACCGCCAGCCACCCUUGUUCUUUUCGGGGAUGCACGUGCGGUGA